AUGUCAGGAUUAUUCGGCGUAAUUGUUUCCGGCAGACCGGUGAGUAGUUCUCAUGCCGUGUUCAAAGUAAUUUCCGCGAAAUGCGAAAUGGUCUCUGACCCUCCAAAAUUCAGUUAUCUUUCUCUUUCUCUGACGGCUAUUUUGAAUUUCGCGGAAUCACUUUGAACACGGCAUCAGAAUGCAUAUUAGCUUCAUUAACAGUAUAUCGUUAGAUGAUAAGAAAGAAUCUGAGAUACUUGAGAAUCGCUAAACUAAUGCAAUUUUAGCCUGUCGAGUUCGCCGCGGUUACCGAAACUGAGUUCGCCUGUGAAAUCGUCGAUGCCGAUUCAAUAAAUCAUGUUGUUGUGUUCAUGACUGGAGCUCAACCUUUUCCUGACAACUUGGGAGGUUCUGGUAAGCGAUUACUCGGUCUUUUGAAGAAAAAUCUGUGUAUUUGCAGUCUACAUUCGAUGGCCUCGACCUGAUGGUGGCGAAAAUUGGCAUUUUCUCGGCUUCAUCGCCAAUUCAAAGCCGAGCGCCAUCUUCAAAGUGGCUCAGGUUUUUUUUUUCUCUUCUCAAAAACUGCCUGCGACAGCUGUUAAUGUUUGGAUUAAAGCUCCACCAAGCUGAUGCUCGUCACAGCGACGUUUUUGGCGGUGGAAUGAGCGUCUCAGCACAUGGAUCUGCUCAGGUUCAGUUUUUUUGGGUAUUUAAUUUGAAUAACCACCAUUUGGAAAUAUAAAUUUUCUUUGUUCAAAAAAAGGUUUAGAUUGGUUUGAUGGUGGAGCCGUUGACUUCGAUAGAAGAACGUCAUGCCUCGGAAAGUACACAAGUUAGCCAACAGGUAUCUUUUGGUUUUUUUUUUCAAUCAUCUCAAUUUUCUCAAUGUUUGCAGUCAACGUUAGUGGAGUUUGCCGACAAAUUGAUGCGAAAUUUGAUCAAUCAUACAGAAUCUUUCGUUAUUCGGCUGCCCAAUCCAAAUGGUUUGAUUUGAAAAACAUAUUUUUCUUCAAAUACUUUCAAUGUAGGAGAGAUAAGGUGAGUGAUUGAAAGAUUUAGGAUAUUGAACUGCGAUUUUCGUUAAGAGAAGUGUUUGAUUUUUUUCGCUGCUGAAAUUUUUUUUUUGGUUUUUCAUUCCUCUUUUGACAAGAAUCGGAUUAAAAUGAUGAGAUAGACCUUCUGAAGAUAACUAUUUUUUAUUCGACAAUCCUGAGUGCCACCAAGAGGAAUACGCCCGGAUUCUGAUGAUUGUAACAAUUUAAUGUAACAAUUUUCGAUGGUGGAGUUUUUCUUUACAAUUCUUAUCUUUCGUUCGUUCCGAUAUCAGGCCACCUUGAACUUUCGAAAGUUUUUUGUACCGUCGCAAAAUCUUUUUAAAAAAUAAGCCACUCUAAAUUUCUUUUCUUCUAGAAAACUUUUUUUUCGGCUGAGACAAUUUCGCAAUAUUUUUUAGAAACUUUUUUGAAAGAUGUGAAAUUUUUCAUAAUUUCUUUGCAGAAUAAUAAAUUAUUAAAAAUAUUACUCAUUUUCCAGGUAAUCCGCCGACACAAGAGUAUAUCCCCGCCAGUGCGUUUCAAAGUUGGUAUACGUCGUUUUCGCGCCGAUUCCAAGCCAAUCCGUUCUUCUGGCGGGCUUUGAAUAACAAUUGAAACUGAAUUUUUUUUGAGAGAAAAGGUUUUUAUUUUGAUUGUAUUUUGAUGACUUAUUCAGAAUGAAAUUCUUGGCGCUAUUGUAUAUGGAUCAAUUUUUUCUUUAAUGUAUCUUUGAAGAUGUGCCUUUGAAUAAAAGUCGGCUCUCGAUAAGUAUAGCUACUUCAAGGCUAGCUUGGGACGCUGAGGGGACAUGUCCUGUCUGCGCUCUCCACGAGCCAGGCGCUGUCUCGUGCAUUAUCGUGCCUGGACCAUUUUUUCGAUGGCUCAAGCCAGCCUUGAAUCAGCUAUAA